AUGCUUAAACGGGUAAGUUUUGGUAAGAGUGUCCGACUGUUUAGGUCAUCUGCAAGAUCUUUACAAGACUCGUUGCACUACUUCAGUGAUCCAAAUGGCAAGCCCGUACCUCAUCCUUCCACAUAUACUAAAGGCCGUGAUUAUGGACAUGACCAACCUCCGGUUCCGCCAGUUCCAACACCUACUUCAAAACCCUUUUUUACGCCGUUUAGAAUUUUUGCUUUACUAACGGGCCUGAGCGCAAGUUAUAUGUUGUUCCAAGAUUUUUAUCGAUUUGAAUUAGACCCAGAAGUGUUUGAUCUGGUAAGAAAAGGAUUAGAAGCGGAGAGUGAUAAAGGCCACUUUAACUAUAAGUUGGCCCUAAAAUUUUAUCUUGAAGCUUUGCAUCAAGGGACAGACUUUAAUACUCAUACAUCCAUUCUCCUCAAAGUUUGUGAUAUGCUAGAAAAGUUGGGUCUUAUCAACGAGGCAAGAUUGUACCACCUUGAUUUGAUUUCGACAACUUUAUACAACGUGGUUAACCCAACUAAUAAAAAAGAACUAAUGGACAAACCUAAAGCAAUAAAACACUGUUUGAUGUCUUUGGUGAAGGCUACGGAGUUGUCGCAGGAUGCCAGUCCGAGUGAAUUAGAGGACCUCAAAACAUUGUUUAAUCUUAGCUUAGAAGCCGCCGCCAUGACCAUUCAAAGCCAGGGGGGAGCUCUUCAAGAGAAUAUGAACCAGUUGAUAGCUUCACAGGGCCAAAACCCUACGGAACUUGAAAGUGUGGAAAUGAUUUCACGUAUUUGGAGAAAUCGAAAAGCUGCUAGCAUGUUUGUAGAUAACAUGUUAGACGCAAUGGAAGUAUUUUCUUCCCUUUUGCUGCGUAUGGGAGAUUUUGGAGGAGCAAUUAAAGUAAAGCAAGAUGUUGUUCAGUACUUAAUGGCGAUGGGGGAACCUAUUGGGGAUAUUUAUUUGGCUCAGAGUUCUAUUGGUUCUCUUCUUUAUCUUCAAUCCGCUAUUGCUGAGUUUAAUAGUGAAAACAUCAAAAAAAAGUUGGGACAAGGCGAUGAUUUUCAGCUCACCUCUGAGGAAAGCUCCAAAUUGAAAGAAGAGUUGCAAGUUUGUGAAGCGGCUGCUAAAAGUUCUUUGAAUGCUGCCCAAACGAUAUUUUCUGCAAUAGUUAACAAUAACUCCUCCAGAUUUCGAUCAUCAAACAACAUGCUAGUUAUAAGCAAAGAUGGGCCGCAGGCUGCCGAGGAGAAAAUCCUUGAGAAACAAAGACAAAGUGACUAUAAUCUCAAACAGGCAGCUACGAUCAGUAAGUAUGGAUUGGGGCUAGUCAAUCUACGAUUUGGUCGGGCUCAAACGGCUCGAAGAUUGAUUAACGAAGCAUUGACAAGCUCUCGGGGUUUAGAGGCUGAUCUUGGUUUUGUUGAAGAUGCUGAAGAAGCCCUUAGAGCAAUCGAACAGCUACAAGAAUCAGAAGAAUAG